GGGACAGGGCAGGGCUGGGACAGGCCACGGUACCUGAGGAGCCUCCUGUUGAAGCAUACCUAACCUAAGAUGUCUUCCGCAGCCCCAGGCAGGGCCGGGUGACAGGAGACGGUUUGAUUAUGCCUCGUGUCCUGGCUGUCAGUACCUUUGUGCAGCCCUGCCUGUUCACGUGCCGUAUGGCCCCCGGCACAAGCUGGCACAGGGGCUUUAACAUUAUGAGUUACCUUACGUAUGAUUCCUGGUACGUAAAUGGACCUAUGUAUUACCAAAGGGUGCUGUUCCAUGAUGCUCUUUGUUGAACCAGCUCUGGAUUGCUGCAGGACAGCUGUACUGGUGGUCUUCCUGCUCACCUUGACAAAUCAUGGCGUUGGGCUCAUGUAGGAUGAUACUGCCAUGAGCCUCAGCCAGUGGGAUGUUGCACAGUUAGAAAUGGGCAAGGUCAUCAUCUCACCAUGGCAAAUAGACAAAUGAGUCCAUAAGUGAGCCCCAUUCCUCAGGUGUGGUCUGCAUGUUGAAAACAUUUGAGAAUCUCCCAGCUAAGCUUCUGUUUUCUGCCUGCACCCAGGUGGGGAACCACUGGUGGAAAAAAGCCCAAGGAACUCAUUUGCAGAGUCUGAGAAUUAGCUCGGGAUAGUCAUAAAAGGCUGUCUGGCAGCCAGGCAUCUCUCAAAGAGCCAAGUCCAGGUUAUGCACACGUCCUUAAUUUAGCUAUUGCUUAAUAAUAUAUGAAUGGUAAACUGCAACCUUCAAAAUAAUCUCCUAAUAUAAAUUUGCAACAAACAUCCUUGGGAUCAUUUUCAAAGAAAAGAGGUUGAAUAAAAACCAACAGGGAAUAGUCUCUGAGGCUUUGAGGAUGUGCCGACUGCUUUAAUAAAAGGCAACUGAGCCAGAAAGGCUUUCUGCCAGGGAUUUCUCCACGAUCUCUCUUUUGAGGGCUAAUAUCCUUGAACAAGAUCACCUGAUGUCAACUGCUUUUAACCACAGCCUCUUGCCUCCCAAAUAAAUACACCAAACAUUGCCAUGUCCAGUAAGCGUGUGGAGGCAGAGCAGAUGCCCCAGGAGUGGCAUGCGUGGCUAGGCUUUGUCCACUCACCCAGCAGCUCCUGCACAACCAGGCGUGCCCUGGGGCAGGUAGGUUUGUGCUGGGGCUGGGGUCAGGGGGUGCUCAGCUGAGAGCGGUGCUGGCUCUGCUGGCUGCAGCGGUGUCUGUAAAGCACCCUGUGAUAAGCAAGGGGCUCGGCGUUGCUGCUUUCACUGUGUUGUUCCAUUUCCUGGCCACGUCCUACACCACAGACCUCCAGGCCAGCUGAAAUGCCUCUGUGUUCCCAUGGCGGGGAACGCUGGAAAUGGCUGGGUGCUUUCUGUGGGAGCUGGGCAGCACCUGGAGCUCUGCGCUGGCUCCUCCCUUGCCUGCAGCACUGCUUGCCUCAGGCCUGGUCUAUUUGCAUCACCUCACCAAGGGUUCACCAUCCUGGGUGGGGUUUCCAGGCCAAAUUGUAGGGGGGAAUUGCUUGUCUGGCCCUCUGCCCACCUGGGCAGCCAGCGGCUUGGCACCAGCCCCCCCUGCCUGUCUGACCCCUGGGAGACAGUCGAGCGGCAGGGAAGGUGGCUGGACUCCGGCACUGGACCUGACCUCCUGGACAUCCAUCUGCAUAUUCAGAAGUCGUUCCCAGCCGGUUGGCUGCCUCCAGCCUCCCCACUCCCUCUAAAGGACCUGAGCGCAGCCGGAGGACACGCUGGCGCUGCCUCUGCAGCAUCCCGCAGCCCCCGGACGCCUGCCCUCGGGGUGCUGCACUCCCCGUGCCCCUGGAGCCCAGGCUCUGUUCUUGGUCAGCACUCCCUCGUCAUCAGUCCAUCCCUGCCCAUGUCAGGACGGGUGUUCGUGACAUUCACUUGUUAUCAGGGCCUUACACUCCCGUUUUGGAGAGGACAUGCUUUCCUUCUCUUCUGAGCAUCUUCAUUUCAUUCCUCGGUCUUUUUCUUCAGCUCCACACCUCUAGCAGGCUUAAACCUUGAACACCUGGGAAACCUGCCAGUCCAUCACUGGAAAUGAUCCCAAACCAGCUGAGGUUCAGCUCUCCCAUGUCCAGGCAGGAAGAAGAGAUGAUGGAUGGCAGCACUGCCUCUGAGCAGGACAGAGACCGUGCCACUCCAGGCCACAGCCAGGGGCUGAAAACAGAGCCUUGUUUCCAGACUGACUCUCUUUUGCCUUCCUCCAGCACAUCCCUGAUAUCCCAGCUCCUCAGCCACCCCAUGGCUGGCAGGAGCCUGGAUUCUUGCAUCCUCUUCCCUUCCUCCCAGGCAGUGGCCCUGCCUCAGGACUACGAGUGUGGUGCUCCUGCAGAAGGAGCACAAGCCCUGGCUUUCCCUAGGAUUCGUGCCCCAGCUUCCGUGCCCUGUGCUGGUGACAGGGACCAGCUCUCUGACCAACACCUACGAGCCAAGCGGGCCAGGGUGGAGAGCAUCAUCCAAGGCAUGAGCCUCCCACCAAUCCCCUCGGAAUUUCGCACCGGCUUGGAGGCAGCUUUUGGGCACGAGAAGGAGAGGGGUAGCGAGAUGCCCCGGGAGAGCAAGAGGAAGCCGAGGGUGCCCCAGCAGGGCACAGGGGUGGCCGGGCAAGUGGCCCCCACAGGAGGCAGCUUGCAUGCCGAGGGCUGCCAGCAGCUGAAGGAGCAGCUCUGCCUUUUAGAGCAGCAGCUGAGGAGGCUUCAGGAGAAGUUUUCCCAGGUUUGCAACUCGGGGGACGCUGCCCAAACCCAGAAAGAUGCUGAGAAAGUGCAUCCACUGCCUGGGAAGCCUGGAGACAGACCGGACAAGGACAGUGCUGCUGCCACCAGUGACCCACACGAAGUGCCUCUCUGGAGGAGCAUGCCAGGGGUGCACAGGCAGGAGGAAGAGGAGGACAUGGGUGGCGCAGGUGGCUUGCCUUCAGCUGCAAGGGUCCUCUCACAGGCACUGAAGCAUGAGCUGGCCGGGGUGACGUCCCAGGUGGUGGACUCGGUCCUGAAGACUGUGUGGCCAAAGGCAGCUGGCCACCUCCUGCAGCAGCACUGCAGCAUCCCGGUGCCAGGGCCAGGUACCAGGACAGAGUAUUUUGCUGCUGGGAAAUGCAGAAAGCCACUUGCUGAGCCAUCCCCCAUGAAUGUGAUGGGCUCGCUGGGCUCACCCCAGGCUGAGGUCCUGUCAGGAGCUUCAGGAAGGAGCCCAGGCUCUCAUGCUGGCUCCUUCAGUUCAAAGGGGGUCAGAAAACCCUGUCAGGUACCCAGCAUGGGUUAUGCGCUGGGCUUGGCCACCCCCACCCAGGACAGCCAGCUGCUGAGCCAGCUGCUGGGCUGCAACCAGCAUGGUCCCUGGGGCAGCAGCUCUCACGGGAGCCCCUCUGCUCCAGAGAAGGGUCCUCUGGAGCCCCUUGACUUGCACUGGGGAACCAUCAAACUGAGGUCAUCAGUUGUGAGGCAGCAGCAGCAGCAUCCCCUGCCCCUGAGCCCUGCCAAUGUGGAGAGCCUGGCGCUGCUGCCGGCUGGCAGGGAUGGCCACAGGGAGCUGCAGGCUGCGAUGGAUGGAGCACCCUUUGCCUCUACCCAUAUCCAGGAGGCGCUGACCCCCGGCCACCUGAAGAAGGCCAAGCUGAUGUUUUUCUUCACCCGCUACCCCAGCUCCACUCUACUGAAAACCUACUUCCUCGACGUGCAGUUCAGCCGCUGCAUCACCUCCCAGCUCAUCAAGUGGUUCAGCAACUUCCGAGAAUUUUACUACAUCCAGGUGGAGAAGUUUGCCCGGCAGGCCCUGCUGGAGGGCGUCGCAGAUGCUGGUACCCUCCGAGUCUCCCGGGACUCAGAGCUCUUCCGUGCCCUCAACACGCACUAUAACAAGGGAAAUGACUUUGAGGUGCCAGGGCGGUUCCUGGAGGUGGCCAGCCUGACGCUGCGGGAGUUCUUCAGUGCCGUCAGGGCGGGCAAGGAUGCCGACCCCUCCUGGAAGAAACCCAUUUACAAAAUCAUUUCCAAACUGGACAGUGACAUCCCAGAAGGGUUCAAAGCCGCAGGCUGCUCCCAGGAACUGCUCCGCAGCUGAGUCUUCAUGAAAGCAGCCCUGGGUCCUGUGUGCAACCACCAUGUGCUAAGCACCUCCUGGGCACUCUGUACAGCAUCCAUUCUUCUGACUAUUCUCCCUCAGUCAUGUAAGACAGCUCCUCAGGUGAGGUCUAUUGCUUGCCUCAGGUGCUGGGAUUUUAUGCUGUGUGUUUUAUUCCCCCACUCAAAGCCAGUGCAGUCCUGCUGGAGAUCCAUGGAGGGGAGGGAUGGAGAUGAAGCCAUCAGGCUGGAGCCUGGGAAAUUGCCCUGCCCUAGCUCUCCCUGUGACCCUGGGCAAGCCGCCUUCCUUCUCUUUUCCAGAGGGCCGCAGAUCAGGGCAAACAGCCUUUCUGUUUAUAAAGCAGGCAGAGGUCCUCGCAUCGGGCAAAGUUUUCUUGGCACAGCAGAGUGGUGGAUGUGCCCGGUCCAACAGCACGCUUUGGUUUCUGUCCAGAUACAACACACCAGAGUCCAAACAAAACAGCUGGUGAAUUCCAGCAUUUCAAGCACCCUGUGAAGAUGGUUGACCCUGUCUGGGAGAUGUAAAAAGUGUUUGUUGUAGCCAGCACAAACAACACUCCCGCCCCGCCUCCCCCUGUGCUGUUUGGCAAGAGCCCCCCCCAUGCAGCUGCGCACCAGGGCUGAGCAGGUGUGUGUGCACUGGUGGAAGCAUCCCAGAAGCAACUGCUCACCAGCAGCUUCACCCAUGAUGCUGGAGGAGAGCAGGGCUCUGCAACCUGCCCAUGGUGAAAGAAGAGCAUGUUAUUUGGGACCUGUCAGUCCCUGUGGGUUCUAACACAAGCUGUCCUGGCUGGUGAGGAGCUGGCCCUGAGGUUUGCAGCCCCAUUGCUGUAGGGGUGUAAACCCAAGGAGGUUUCUUUUCCCUGUGACCAGGAGUCAGCGGCCACUUUUCCACCCAACAGAGCACGGUGAAGUCUUUUGUGUUAAGGGCUUUCGUGUCCUAUCAGAGGCGGCAGUGGGGAGGGAAAGGCUGUGAAGAGGAGCGAGGUCCUGGGAAAGGCACAGGAGGAAGGCUCUGGGAGGGCAGUGGUGUCUAACUAUGGAUGAGCAAUGACAUCCCAGUGCAAAACACUUGGGGAGAAGAGGACUGGGAAGAGGUCAAGGGGAUGUUGGAUAUGCUGCAAGGUGCCAGGUGGGUACUAGGGCAUUGCAAAAAAACCACAGCUCUGGCAUCAGACGAGUGAGGAAGCGUGUGAUAAUGUCAGAGCAGGAUGGGGUGUCCAAAAUAGGGGUGGUUUUACAGUGGUUCUCCCCAUUGCAACUGCGGCCAGUCAGAUUUCCUGAGGUUUGUAUAUUUUACAACCCCAACACCAAAUUUACUCAAUUUUUAAAUAAACGCUUGGUUUAAGUUACCCCUUUACACCCCAGAGAUCUAUUUGGUAACUUCUGCUCUAAUGUGUUACCCUGGGAAUUUCUUGCUUUUUGUUGGGAAAAGAACAACACCGUGACAAAAGGGUUCACUCCUCCUGCCAGGAUCUCUGAGCAGCACUGACCAACAUCCUCACUUAAACCUGCACCCUCACCCCGAUGCCUCUGGUCGGUCCACUCUGAACUGCAACUUGAAGCAAAGUGCAGCAGCUGUUGGGAGGAUCACAGGGAAACGCAUCCCAGAGUUUACAGGUGCUGGACUCAACUAUGCAGCAUCCUGGAAGUGCUGCU